AGACAUUUUUGCUCAAAGGCCUAUUUUUCGCAGAUCGCUCCCUUAAGGGUUCCCGUGGCCCUCUCCUAUGUCCAUGUCCAUGAUGCCCAUGAUGGCAGUGCCAGCACAGGUAGUGGGUUUCCACCAAGCGCUUGUGGUGCCUGUGGCAGCUGUGAUAGUGAACCUUCACGCUUCCUCUUGCGUAACACCAUGCUCCACUCAAAGCUCAGCAUCAGAAGGAAGCAUCUCGCGGCAAAACUCGACAUCUGCAGCAUCAGAGCAAGGUACUUCAGAUACCUCUUCAGAGGGUCCAAUCCGUGGCCGUGUUUGGUGCAUGUCCCAGCGCCGCAAUAGCUGUCGCUUUGUCCAAGCUAGCUUGGAGACAUGUAGCGAUGCGGAGCGUUUUGCCUUGGCUUUGGAGCUCCAGGGGCAUGUGUGGGCAGCUGCCAAGUCUGCCUGUGCAAACUAUGUUCUGCAAAAGUUCAUACAACUGCUCCGGCCCAAAGAUUGUCAGUUCAUCAUCGAUGAACUCAUGACGAAUCCGGCAGAUGUACCGAACUUGGCACGCCAUGAGUACGGCUGCCGAAUCCUGCAGCGGCUCUUGGAACAUUGUCAAGCUCAGAUGGAAGGACUUGUCAAGCUCUUGUUGGAGGAUGCCCGGGCUUUGAUGUGUCACAGCUACGGCACUUACGUGAUGCAGCAAAUCUUUGAUUUUGGCACCAAUGUGCAACGACAGCAGCUUGGUGAGGGCUUCUUUGGUGCUUUGGGUGCCAUGGGGAAAGACCCGAAUGCCACCCAGGUCCUGCAGAAAGCUUUGGUCCAUGCACCUCAAAGAGUCGCCUUGGCGCGAUCCCUGGUCAAUCAACUCGCAGAAAUGGCACGUGGCCGCCAUAGCCAUCACACUGCCCUGAUGGCCUUGAAGCUCUUGCCAUCCCAGGAUCUGGCCAAGGCGAACGCACUUCUGGCGCGAAAGCUACAGAAGCUUUGGGCAAACCGCUAUGGACGCUUAGUGGUGAAGUCCAUUCCCAUGUUGCAUGAUCAGUGUGUGGGCAUCACAAAAAGGGAGGCAGCUAGCUCAUUCGAUGCGUAGAUGAGGCCUGGACUCUAGAACGAAAAUUGAUUUGAGGGAACGCAGAUUCGCGAGAUCCCCACUCUUCUUUCCCAAUAGAAUCGAAUGACUUUUUGGAUUGCAUGUCUUAGCGGGCUUGUCUGAUAGUACGAGUCUGCACUGAGAAGCUUUCAAGGAGGUGUGAAGAUCCUCCAGCAACCAUUGUUGCGUUGUUCUGACUAUGUUGUUAGCUACAUUAAAGGAAGGCCGUGGUGAGAAGUGUGUUUUUUCUUCGGACUUCAUGCAACACAUUUCACAAAAAAGCAUCAGCAUCUAUAUUCUGUGCUUAAUGAGGUCCUGGUGCUCUCAAGAGCACAGGCCUAUGUUGUCCAGUGCAGUUUUUGCAGUUAGUUUCGACAGAUGGUUUCAGCCAGCUGUUCAGGUGAAUUCAAUUGUAAAGUCUCCCUGCUAGGUUGCUUUGUCUAGCUUUCCAUAAGUCAGUGUGACGCCUCCGUCUGGAAAUACGGACGUCACUCUGGUGGGCCUAGCAUCGUUAGCAGGGGGCCAUUCCAGCGGGCUGGAUGUGCCGCAGAAAGUCCAGACGCUGCGCAGAUGCGAAAGUCCAACUGUUUGAAAAGGAUCAGCCAAGCUGCAGAGACGC